AUGAAUGACAGAUACAUUUUACUUUCACCCUUUUUUAUUUUUAUAUGGUGAAUAUGAGUUUUAUAAUGAAAUGAUAACGACUUUGAAUUUGGGUCAAUCAAGACCAGACAUAUAGAUAUACUUACUUGAAUGAAUGAAUGAAUCAUUCAUUAUUAAGGCUUUUGUUCAGUUCCAAAUUCCUCGUACGAAAGCAAUUGUGUUGUUGGACUUGGAGGCAUGGAGAAGGAGCAGCUUGAAUAUGUGUUGGUGCCAUUGGGUCUGUUGGUGUACCUGACAUACCAUAUAUGGCUUGUCUACACCAUUGUGCGCAACCCUCUUCGAACUGUCAUUGGCCUUAAUGCUGAGUCUCGUCAUCAGUGGGUUCUUUUCAUGAUGAGUGAUCCGUUGAAGAAUGGGGUUUUGGCAGUUCAAACUAUUCGCAACAAUAUCAUGGCAUGUACUCUUCUAUCUACAACGGCCAUCACACUCAGUUCACUUAUUGGUAUUUUUGCUAGCGGCACAUGGAGUUCUGAUGACACGGCUUUCAUACCUUAUGGCCGUACUUCAAUCAAACAUAUUUCUGUCACCAUUUGCUUCCUUGUUGCAUUUUUAUGCAAUGUGCAGUCUAUAAGAUACUAUUGCCAUGUCAGUUUCUUAAUCACUGCACCAACACUCAGAGACAAAAGGGAGUAUAUGGAAUAUAUUGCUGUGACUUUGAAUCGUGGGAGUCAUGCCUGGUCCAUUGGACUUCGAGCAUUUUACUUGUCAUUUCCAUUCUUCCUCUGGAUUUAUGGGCCCAUACCCAUGUUUGCAUGUUGCUGCUUGACGUCACUUGUUUUGUUCUUCUUGGAUACAACAGCUAAAAUCACGCGGAAUCUUCAUAGUAACUCAUUCAGGAAAGAGAGGGGAACUCAUGAUGUAGAGUCUGCUGUGGAACCUGAUUAUCAUCCUUUGCCUGCAAUUCGGUAUUGAAGCUCAUCCUAGGAAAGCUCCAAUCAUCAAGCAGGUCCAUUGGCAGCUCCCUCCUCCCCCUUGGCUCAAAUGCAAUACAGAUGGGGCAGCUAGGGGGAGCCCUGGCCUCUUCAUUGACGACAAUGGUUUUUUCUUUUGGGAGGUUUUGCUGCCAAUUUAGGCAUUCAAUCAGCUCGUGCUUGCUGUCAUCAUCGCCAUAGAGAUGGCUAUGGAGAAAAAUUGGAGUGUCCUUUGGUUAGAAACAAACUCUUCUCUUCUUGUCAAUGCGUUCAAGAAUCCUUCUAGCGGGCCUUGGUCUUUGUUCAACUGCUGGAAGAAUUGUAUAUCUUUAACCAAUAGUUUUAGUUUUAGAAUUUUGCAUAUUUAUCGUGAGGCAAAUGCUUGUGCAGAUUCUCUGGCCUCUUUUGGUGCACAUAAUCUAGGAUUUAUUUGGUGGGACUCCCCACCCUCAUUCAUAUCCAUGGAGCUCCUUAGGUACAGACAGGACCUCCCUUCUUAUAAAUUUGCUUAGCUUUUUCUUGCCU